UGAAGAAGGAAAAUAGGAAAUUGGAUCGAAUUCGAAAAAAUCACAAAAAUCAAAAUCAAAAACCAGAAAAGAGUGAAAAACUUUAGAGAGAAAGAAGAAGAAGAAGAGUGAUUUUUCAGAGAAAAAAUGGAGAGAGAAAAGGAGAGAGAAAUAGAACUAGAGUCUGCAAUGUACACAAAUUGUUUAUUAUUAGGUCUCGAUCCAUCAGUUCUUGGUGUAGCUUCAGGAAACAACAACAGCAACAUGAAUGGUGUUAAUAGUACUACACCUAGAGUUGGUUUAUUUCGCCAUUCAAACCCUAAAUUGGGUGAACAAUUACUUUAUUUCAUUUUAUCUUCAUUAAGAGGACCAAUUCAAUCUUCUAAAGAUUUUGAUAAAGUAUGGCCGAUCUUUGAUUCUGCACAAUCAAGGGAUUUCCGAAAGGUUGUGCAAGCAAUUAUAAAUGAGUUAGAAUCACAAGGGGCAUUGCCCAGGAGUAAUUCUAGGGUUUCAUCGCUCGCGACGUGUUGUGGACCAAGAUUUGUUGAGCUUUUAUGGCAACUUUCAUUGCAUGCUUUACGAGAGGUUCAUAGACGAACGUUUGCAGCUGAUGUAGCAUCUAAUCCGUUACCUGCUUCGUUGACUGAUGUGGCUUUCUCUCAUGCAGCUACAUUGCUUCCUGUGACAAAGGCUAGGAUAGCACUUGAGCGAAGGAAGUUUCUGAAAAAUGCCGAGACGGCUGUGCAUAGGCAAGCUAUGUGGUCUAACCUGGCUCACGAAAUGACUGCUGAAUUUCGUGGUCUUUGUGCAGAAGAGGCGUAUCUGCAGCAAGAGCUGGAAAAGCUACAGGAUUUGAGAAACAAAGCCAAGUUAGAUGGGGAACUGUGGGACGACCGUGUUUCUAGCUCCUUGGGUCAGAAUUCACAUUUGGUUUCCAAGGCAACUCGCUUAUGGGAGUCUUUACUUGCGCGCAAGAGUCAACAUGAAGUUCUUGCUUCAGGUCCUAUUGAGGAUUUGAUUGCUCAUCGUGAACAUAGGUACCGAAUAUCCGGAUCGUCUUUGCUUGCAGCGAUGGAUCAAAGUUGUCAAGUUCCUUAUCCAGAUGUCUUAUCUAUUCACUCUGGUGACACGGCGUCAACGCAUGCAGAUGAUAGAGAACCGGUGAAUGGAUCUGUUUCAACUCAUAUUCAAUCAAGUGAAGAAGUACUUUCCCGAGUGGAUGAUAGAAGUGGGCGGGUUCAUCCUACUGUUGACAUUGCAGAAAUUCUUAGGCGCUGGACACAUGCAUUACAACGUAUUCAUAAGCAGUCUCUCCAUCUGGUCAAGGCGAAUGAUGGCGAGGGUCCGGAACUUUUACGAAGCCCCCAUGAUGGUGGUACUAGUGGCCAUGCUGAAUUUUUGGCCACAACUCUUGCAGAACAUCAGCAACAUUUAGCUAGCAUAAAGGUGCUUGUUAAUCAACUGAAGGAAGCUGCCCCGGCAAUAAAGAACUCAAUUGCAGAGCUCCAAGAAGAAGUGAACAGUAUUUCUUCGACUUUGCCUCCCAUGACCAAUCACCAAGUUCGGUCUACUUCCCCUAUUCAAGCACAAAGUAGUAGUGGAAGGAUAGCGGAGAAAAGCGUCGACGAGGUGUCUGACAUAACUUCAAAAUUGUCGAAUGCUCAGCUGGAAAAGGUUACUGCUAGUCCUACACUUAAACUCCCACAUCUAUUUAGUUCUACUCCAAAUUCUUCGGGAAAAGCUGGAAAUGCUCAAAGAAGGCAGCUAAUUUCUCAAGUUAACCAAGUAGAAAAUGUGGCUGAAGUAAAACCUCUUGACCAGUCUCUUCCGAACAGCCAAGUGGACAGUCUACCUCAAGGCAUUGAUUUUUCGUAUGUUCAAAAUUUAAGGAGAACUGUCAGGGAAGCUGCUCUAGCAGCGCCCUGCUGCAACACUGAGUCUUCACAGGACAGUCGUUCCUCUGAUGGUUCGGAACAUUAUUUUGUACCUCUUUCAGGGAUGAAGUACUCUAGUAUCAGCCCAGAAACUAAAUCUGCUCAAGUGAGGAGCAAACGGCUAUUUUCAUCUCCACCCCGUAGAAAGAAUAAUCUCACUGGUUUUGUUGCAGAGGAAAUGUCAAGUAUCUUAGAUGAUACCGACUCGCUCCAUGAUUUUGGCAGCCAAAUUGAUGGCUAUCUAUCGAUGCUUGAUUCAAAUUAUGCAUCUUCUGGUCCAGACAGAAUGUUUCAUGGCAUAGGGGAAGAUCAGGAUCAGGUUUUCUCACCUCCUUUGUUGAUGGAUACGUCGUUAUUAGAAGAUGUCUACGAAGACCUGCUUGCACCGUUAUCUGAAACAGACACUGCUUUGAUGGAGCAGUAAGCCAGAACAGGCUACUCCGUAUUUAUCAUUCUUACUGACGAUUGAAGGAGGCAAAAAUCUGGUUAAGAAAAGUGGAAAAGAGAAUUUGUUGUUACAUGUAAUAUGAUUGAUGGGGUGUGUCACAGUAAUAGUAAUAGAUGUUGGAACGAUUAAAAGCUCUUUGUUUCAGGUUAAACAAGCAACUUUGGCUAUUGAUUUUGGGAAUUGUGGUGUAAUGAAAUGUAUAGAUUCUUGUAAAUUUUCGUUCUAUAAUCAAGUUGUUUCAUCAUUUGAGGAUUCUUUCUA